AUGCAAACAGAACCCAACGUGAAGGUGAAUGGGAAUGCAAGUACUUCGAAAACUGGCAUUCUUUCUACCGUGGAUACCUAUUUCAGAGCAUAUGCCCCUGAAGCUAUGACCCAGAAAGUUGAUAAUUGGUUAUCGAAACGCGAUUCGCUCAACCUUGCAGUAAAGCAAAAGAUGGGCGAGGUUUUUGACGUUUGUGAGCGCAUUGUGGAUUACUACAUUCCGGAAGAACAGUGCGAGAGACCUGAAUACGAUGAUGAUUUUGAUGUAUUUACUCGAAUGACCGAGUUUUCUCAUGACAUUUCUGCUCGCAUUUGCUAUCGAUUCCUACCCUACCUUUCCGAACACAUCGAGGACGACGCUUCGCUCCCUCUUCCCAAUCCUUUUUCGAAGAAAUCGAAAUCCGCCGAUUCUUCGAAUUCUAUUUCUAAUUCCAAUUCCAAUUCCAAUUCUAUCCCGCCGAAACAUCGCCAGUCGCUCCACGAGCUCAAAGAACGCUGCGUGGCGACGGUCGAGCCGGUGGUGUCUCCGUUUUCCCCGAUUGUAACGCCUCUCUUUUCUCUGUUUGUUCUGUUUUUCUCCACGCUUCGACUUCUUUUCCGCACAUUAAUCAUGGAUCCACUCUCCGCUCUCUUUGCAUAUCUUUCCACACUUCUCCAAUCCACGCAUCAGACACUCCAGACCCGCGGGAAUGCCGCGGUCACCGAGUUUGCCGCGGAUUUGUGGCAGCAAGCGCGCACCGAGUGCGUGUCUCUUUUCACAGACGAAAACGGAAAAGUUUCCCUCGCCAAAUUCCAGGAACGAUGCGGAGCACGUGCCGCGGCGUAUCAGCAGCUCUUGCAGGAGCGCGUAACCGCGGGAAAACUGCUCGAGCUGUUCGGGGAAACACGGAAACAACUGGAGUCCGCGCAGCUGGAAGGAAACCGCCACGCGAAGGAAUUGGUGGCGCUGUUUUCGGAUCCCGCGGGGAAGUUCACGCUGUCGAAGGUGCAGCCGAUGGUGGGAAAGAGCGCGGAGGAGCUGCGCCGCGUGCUGGGUGAGGGAAAGCAGCAAUUGGAGCAGUGGAACGAGGGAAUGAAGCGAAAGGCGGAAUCGACGAUGUGGCUGCUGCUGAAUGUGGUGGCGUUGGUUCCGACGGUGGCGUUGUUGGUUGGAGGCUUUGCACUGUCAUAUGUGAUGGAUGUGAAGACCUUGCUGCCGAAGGAUGUUUGCAUGCAGAAGAAGAGCGAUGUGAGGGUUGUGAAGCCCUGCACAAAAUCGGAGUCUGAAACUGAAACUGAAACUGAAACUUCAGACAAUGAAAAAGAUGAUGAACUUUGA